AUGCAAUCCCCCCCUCCCCCAGAACUCAAAAUCUCCCCACAGCUCCUAAACUCGGCAAACCCAUGGUGCACAACCCUCGACGACCUCCGCCAACUCCACGCGUGCCCCCACACAGGCGCCCUCACGACACGAACCUCCCUCCUCGCAGGCUUCGCCCACAACGACGCAAGCCACCAAUACGCCUUCUUCGACCCCUCCACCGCAAAACCCUCCGCGGCGCCAAACUCCUCCACCCCGGAAGCGCCCCGUUCCCAACUUGGCCCCGCGGACGUCGCGUCCCUGAAUAACCUGGGCUACUCCCCGUUACCCCUCCAAACCUACCUCGACUUCAUCAGCCAACUUCCAGAAGGCCACGGCCACCAUGGUCACCACCGCCGCAAACUCAUCAUCAUCUCCGUCACAGGCACCCCCUCAGAAAUAGCACAAUCCUACGCCCUCAUAGCCUCCUUCUCCUCCAAAACAACCCACCCGCUCGCAAUGGAAAUAAACCUCUCCUGCCCCAACAUCGCCGCCGCCGCCCCGCCAGCCUCGGACCGCGCCCAGCUGCUCGCCUACCUCGCGGCACUCCCCCGGGACCCCCUCAUCCCCAUCGGCCUCAAGACGCCGCCGUACACACACCUGGCGCACUACGCCGAGCUGAUCGCCGCGCUGCGCGAGGACGCCACCGUCGUCACCCCGAAAGCUAUGCUCAAGGUGCCCUGCAAGAUCAGCUUCAUCACCGCCGUAAACACGCUCGGCUCGUGUCUCUUGCUCGAGGGCGGCGACCACAACCCGCGACUUCCGGGGUCUGGACUCGGUGGGAUGGCGGGGGCGCCUUUGCAUCCGCUGGCGCUGGGGAACGUGAAGACCAUUGCAGAGUUGGUCGCGCGAGAGCCAGAGUUGUUGCACAUCAAGGUCAUUGGUGUCGGUGGCGUCUCGGACGCUGAUGGAUUUAGGCGGAUGAAGAGCGUCGGUGCGUAUGCUGUUGCCGUCGGGACGGCAUUAGGAAGGGAAGGAAUAGAAGUCUUUGAAAAGAUAGCUGCUGGGCUUGAGAAACAUUGA